AUGAAGAAGGAUGCUGAGGCUCCUUUAUGUUUUGAGAGCACUUCUGCUUUGGCUUCUCAUUCCUGGGUUAGCAAGAAUCUAAGCCAGUCCUUCCCGUCCAGUGAAGUGAGAAACAAUUCAGUGAAAUGGGUAGACUGGAUUGACAGGCUUCUUCCAAGAUAUGGACCUCACUGGAAGCAGGCUGGUAUUUAUGACGCCAUACUUCUGUCCAAGCAAUCUGUCAACAGAGAUGAGAACCUGCUUGCUGCAGCUCUGUGUUUCUGGAAUUCUGCCAGUAACACUUUCGACUUUCACAUAUGCCCCAUGGCUCCAACUUUGCUGGACAUGGCUCAGAUAUUCGGGUUUAGGCCCCAUGGGAGACCUGUUGAUGCUUUUGGUGAUUAUCACAGGAAGAAAAAUCAGCAGAAGCUAGCCAAGCCAUUCACCAUCUCUCUAGCCCUCAUCAACCAGAACUGCUUUUUCUCCAAUUACCUGAGGAAAUUCAGUGCUGAGAAGGACAAGGACCAGCAGCAUAUGCUGUUCCUUCUGUAUUGGUUGAACAGGUUCAUUCUGCCCAACCGCGUUUCUACAGUUCUGCUAGAGUACAGACACUUGGCAGAAGCUUUGCACAACCACACUGAUGUCAGACUCGGGCCUUCAGUUCUGGCUCAUUUAUUCAAGAACUUGCAUACUGCUACCUUGGAGAAUCCGCUGAAUCUGCCUGCUCCCGGUGCCUUUUGGAUGAUCCAGAUCUGGUUGCAGGUCUAUUUUCCUAAAUUGAGGUUCCCAUACAUAGUUCUGCCUGAGGAUCAGGUUCUGGCUCAACCAUUGAUGUCGGCAGAAGUGCCCAAGCGUUCUAUUGAAGAGAUUAGCAGCUUAGUGGCAAGUGGUGAUCAGGAGAACCUAUCCUUAGUUCCAGCGUCGGUACCGUUUGUUUGA